CCGCUAGUGCGAAAAGCAGAAGGGCGAACCUGGGCCUUAUGCUAAUAGCUCUCAUUUAAUUCACCCAGUGCUUUUCAAAGGCAGAUAUUUUACUGAUAAGGAAACAAGGCAAACAGGUGAGGUGAUCCAAGGUCCCACGCGCUACAGCUAUCUCUCUGGUAUAAGGAAAUACACUAGGCAUGAAGAAGCAAACGGAUGGCAAGAAGGGAGAAAGGUAAACUUUCCCAUAGAUUCUCUUAAGCUGAUUGAGGGAGGGCAAGGGGAUCAGGAAUCCAUUCUCUCAACAGAUAGCCCUUCAGCCAUUUUUCUGAGCCACCCUCGGAAUCGCAGCUGCCAUCAGAUGUGGAUGUAAUACAGUGAGCAGGUUCCUGCUGCUGCUGUUGCGGUUAGGGGAACUGUCGUGGGGAAGGAUGGUGUGCGAAAAAUGUGAAAAGAAACUUGGUACUGUUAUCACUCCAGAUACAUGGAAAGAUGGUGCUAGGAAUACCACAGAAAGUGGUGGGAGAAAGCUGAAUGAAAAUAAAGCUUUGACUUCAAAAAAAGCAAGAUUUGAUCCAUAUGGAAAGAAUAAGUUCUCCACUUGCAGAAUUUGUAAAAGUUCUGUGCACCAACCAGGUUCUCAUUACUGCCAGGGCUGUGCCUACAAAAAAGGCAUCUGUGCGAUGUGUGGAAAAAAGGUUUUGGAUACCAAAAACUACAAGCAAACAUCUGUCUAGAUGUAUUGAUGGAAUUUCUGACUUUCUAAAUUAUUUUACUUUCUGCCUUGAAUUUUCAAGGCAUAGAUGUCAACUUACAGAAUAACGUGUUUUAAGACAAUUACGUUUAAACUAGAGAAUUUGAUUGUUAUUCAUUUUGCUCUCAUGCUCUAAACAGCAACAGUGUAACUAGUCUUUUGCCGUAAAUGGUUUUUUCCUUAUGAGCAUUUUAUUGAACUAAGUGGCAAAUUCCAUGAAAAAUUUCUCAGUUCUGUAUGCACUUUUAACAUUAUUCAUGUAAUUCUCCCCCCCACACACUUUAUUUAUAGAUAGUGCAAAAGUGAGAAGGAGGUAAUAGAUAUUUUGCUCUGAAUUUGGCAUCCAGAGUUAACAGUUCUCCCCUAACUCCCUUACUCGUGUCAUAGUUAUUAGGAUCAGCAGCCUCUUAACUAAUUGCAGUUUCAUAGGAUAUAUAAAUGUUUCAAGCCAUUAUUGCUGAAUGGUUCUUUAGUUAUUAACCUAGACCCAAAUCAAAGACCAGUUUUUAUUUGUUCUUGCCGCCAAAGUGCCAGUUCCUUUAAUAUGUGACCAGGAACACAAGGAAUAUCCGUAUGUCCAAAUAAACACACUGAAUUUUAGAAAAACUUA